AACCUUCCUAACUUUGUUCAGAUGUCCUAAUGUCAUUACUAAGCAUAUAGCACACAUCAUGGCUAGUCAACAUACCCUCAUUGGAUUAAUCCUAUUUCUAUCGGUGGAUUGGACUUCAUCUGUCAUUCCAGAGAAUGAGAAGCAUCCCAGCUACUGGAACAACAAGGGGAAGCAGGCCCUCCACAAAGCUAUGGAUAUGAAGCCAAACGUCCGUCGGGCUAAGAACACUAUUCUGUUCCUGGGAGAUGGUAUGGGCAUCCCCACAGUGACUGCAGCGAGGAUCCUCAAAGGGCAGAUGAAUGGAGGGAACGGAGAGGAGUUUAGUCUGGCAAUGGACACCUUCCCACACUUAGCCCUGUCUAAGACGUACAACGUGGACCAGCAGAUGCCUGACAGUGCCGGCACAGCCACUGCCUACCUGUGUGGUGUGAAGGCCAACUAUGGAACCCUCGGUCUCAGUGCCUCAGCUCUGCGCUACAACUGCAACAGCACCUUCGGAAACGAGGUGGAAUCUGUCCUUCACCGCGCCAAGAUGGCAGGGAAGUCGGUGGGCAUCGUCUCCACCGCCCGUGUGCAGCAUGCCUCUCCUGGAGCCGCCUACUCCCACACAGCCAACCGAGGUUGGUACGCCGACUCUGACAUGAACACCGCAGACAUCACAGCAGGAUGCCGUGACAUCGCCUACCAGCUGGUCCACAACACUGACAUCAAUGUCAUUCUUGGUGGAGGACGAAAAUAUAUGUUUUCCAAGGAAACACCGGACCCAGAGUAUCCAUCAUACAAAGGAGUCCGUAACGACAAGAUUGACCUCACCGCAGUGUGGCUCAAUAACAAACAGAAUGCAAAGUAUGUGUGGAACAAAGAUGAAUUUGACAAAGUGAAUCCGGAAAAAACAGACUACCUGAUGGGUCUGUUUGAGCCAAGUGACUGCCGCUAUGAGCUAGAGCGUGACCAUACCUUGGACCCUUCCCUCACUGAGAUGGUGGACAAAGCCAUCAAGAUCCUCCGCAGGAACCCCAAAGGAUACUACCUCUUUGUGGAAGGGGGGAGAAUUGAUCACGGUCACCAUGGCAGCGGGGCCAAAUUUGCCCUGACGGAGGCGGUGGAGUUUGACAAUGCCAUCGAGCGGGCGGCAGAACUGACCAGUGAGCUGGACACUCUGUCUGUGGUCACUGCUGACCACUCCCACGUCUUCUCCUUUGGAGGGCACUCCAACAGAGGGAACCCCGUCUUAGGUCUGUCCCGUAACCUGGCUGAAGAUAAAAAGAGCUUUACCACCACACUCUAUGGAAAUGGACCAGGAUACAAGUUAGUCAAUGGAUCUCGUGCAGAUGUCAACACAACGGAAGCAGAUCACAAAGAUUACAAGCAGCAGUCAGCCGUACCUCUGGACUCUGAGACCCACGGCUCAGAGGACGUGGCCAUCUUUGCCAAGGGCCCCAUGGCUCACCUCUUUCACGGGGUCCAGGAGCAGAGCUACAUCGCCCACGUCAUGGCCUACGCAGCAUGCAUUGAGCCCUACACAGACUGCUUCAUCCCAGACCUAGAGCCAGAGCCUGACCACACAGGAGCCACCAACCCCAGCCUCAUAGUGCUGCUGAUGGGCCUCAUACCUGCCCUCAUCUCCCUCUUCGCUGUCUGAUGGGCCUCAUACCUGCACUCUUCUCCCUCUGAUGGGCCUCAUACCUGCCCUCCUCUCCAUUAUAUCUGUCUGAUUUUGGAAACAUUUAGAGACCCAGCUAUGAUUAAUCUACUGAGAUUUAUCCGAUAUUCCACCACACAGACAUUUUACAUUUGAGUCAUUUAGCAGAUUUUCUUACAGUAGUGAGUACAUCCAUCUUUGUAUUGGUCCCCCCCAUGGGGAAAUCGAACCCACAAACCUGCCGUUGCAAGCAUCACUCUCUACCAACUGACCUACACGGGACCAAUAGCAACACUCGGAUAGCUCUUCUGUCCUGCAAUAUUAAUAUACCUUAUUUGUUUGCAUUGCUAAUGUUCAAUCAAGAUACGGGUAAUCAUGUUCAACCCAUGUUUGUUUGUUAUUAAGGAAAGGGGUAUGGAUAGUAAUGUUUGUUAUUUAGGAAAGGGGUAUGGAUAGUAAUGUUUGUUAUUUAGGAAAGGGGUAUGGAUAGUAAUGUUUGUUAUUUAGGAAAGGGGUAUGGAAAGUAAUGUUUGUUAUUUAGGAAAGGGGUAUGGAUAGUAAUGUUUGUUAUUUAGGAAAGGGGUAUGGAAAGUAAUGUUUGUUAUUUAGGAAAGGGGUAUGGAUAGUAAUGUUUGUUAUUUAGGAAAGGGGUAUGGAUAGUAAUGUUUGUUAUUUAGGAAAGGGGUAUGGAUAGUAAUGUUUGUUAUUUAGGAAAGGGGUAUGGAUAGUAAUGUUUGUUAUUUAGGAAAGGGGUAUGGAUAGUAAUGUUUGUUAUUUAGGAAAGGGGUAUGGAAAGUAAUGUUUGUUAUUUAGGAAAGGGGUAUGGAUAGUAAUGUUUGUUAUUUAGGAAAGGGGUAUGGAAAGUAAUGUUUGUUAUUUAGGAAAGGGGUAUGGAUAGUAAUGUUUGUUAUUUAGGAAAGGGGUAUGGAAAGUAAUGGCGUUGUGUAAACUGAGCUGAUCUACAGUAUACUCUCCAUUGACACUCCAUAAAAACUUAUCCAAAUGUA